AUGAAUACAGAAUAAGAAUUGCAAAAUGAUAUUUAGAUAAUAUAAUAAGAUUUAGAAUAAAAGUAAGAAUCUUUGAGAGAAAAUGACUAAGGCAAUUAAUUUACUUAUUAUCUUUCUAGUGAUCUUGAAAGCUAUGAUGAAUAUUAAGAAUAGAAUAAAGAAAAUGACUAAACAAACGUUGUUGUUUAAAAUUUUUUGUUAUUUUUUAGUGCCUUUAUAAUUUAAUUUAUUACAUACAUCAUUUAUGUUGCAUUCAUUCCUAUAAUUCUCUUUAAAAAUAUGUUUAUUGAGAAGAGAAUAGAUUUUUUAAAAGAAAGGCUCUGGGCUUGGGUGUCUUUGUGGUCGAUCAUCUAUAUGAGAGCUAUUGAUGUUUAAAGUUCAAACAGUUUAAGCGAAUAAUUUGAAAAGAUAAUAAAUACUUUUAAUUUGAAUAGAGCAUUAGGAAAUAAUGAUCUCAGAAAAAAAAUUAAGUAAAUGGAAAGAUUUGAUAAUUUUGUUGAUUAUUCAAAUAUAAACUAUGAAAAUUAUAAAUAAAAGUUAGAUGUGACAUGUCCAAUAAGUUUUUAGACAUGGGACACUGCUCGAAAAUUUAUUCUCAGCUAUAAAAAAUACUAUUUGUAGGCUUUGGAGCUUUCAUACUUAAGCUUGAUAUUUUACUACCUGUUAGUCAUUAUAAUUUGUCUUUCAGCUUAUUUUGAAUUGGAAUGGUUGAUACCAAAAGGAUCUAAAUUACUAAAGCCUGUUGUAGUUAUUAUCAGCACAUUUAAUUUCAUUUUUUUGAGUGUUAUAUUUUUGCUUAGAUUUAAUAUGGGAACUAAAUAUAAUAGAUCAUUUUCAAAACUAUUGUCUAGUAUCUAGUAUCUAUAAAAUAUAACAUCUGAUUUAAGCACUAUGUAUCCUGUAUUUUUUUUGUAAAAUCCUGACUCAACAAAUAAAGAAAAUCGAUUUAGUGCUUAUGGCAUGAUAACAAAAAGAAUCAAAUUAAUGAGCAAUUAUUACAUUGAAUCUUAAAUACUUUUUAAAGACAAGCUAUUUAAAAAAGAAGAAAAGCAAGAGCUUAGAAGACAAAUAUUACAUAACAUGUAAAGUUAGCUUCAAAAUAUAAAAGAAUCUAUUUUAUUGGAUGAAUAAAUACAUAAAUAUAAGCUACUUAAUUUUUUAGAAAUUAGAAGCAGCGAUUUUCUUUUUACUUUAUUUUUGGGCCUUGCUCCAACUCUACCAACUAUAAUUCCUGUCUUUAUUUCAUACUAUAAAAGUUGA